AUGGCUUUCAUCAAAUCGUUUGUGUGCCUGGCCGUCCUCGGAGUCGCCGCCGCUGGCCUGGUCCCGCUCGCCCAUGAGUACUCCCACGAUGGAGACUACUACGCUCACCCCAAAUACUCCUACAACUAUGGUGUCCACGAUAGUUUGACCGGAGAUGUCAAGUCGCAGGUCGAGAGCCGCGACGGAGAUGUCGUGAAGGGCCAGUACUCCCUCGUCGAGCCGGACGGUUCCGUGCGCACCGUCGACUACACCGCCGAUGAUGUGAACGGAUUCAACGCCGUCGUCAGCAAGUCGGCCCCGUCCGUCCACGCCAAGACCGUCGUCGCCCAUGCCGCCCCGGCCGUCGUUGCCCACCACGCCGCCGCCCCGGCCGUCUACGCCACCCAUGCCGCCCCGGCCGUCUACGCUAGCCACGCCGCCCCGGCCGUCUACGCCAGCCACGCCGCCCCGGCCGUCUAUGCCAGCCACGCCGCCCCGGUCCUGAAGACCGUCGUGUCCGCCCCGGCCCAGGCUGUGUACGCCGCGCACCACGCCGCCCCGGUCUACGCCUCGCACGCCUACGCCCCGGCCCACGGAACCGUCGAGUACCACGGCAAGGCCGCCGCCCCGCUGCCAACACAAACUACGUUUUGCAAAAUGGUUUCCCGCACCUGCGCUACUCUGCUGCUGGCGUUGGCCAUGUUCGGAAGCUGCGCCCUGGCACGCCCGGGUUACGCCGUCGAUUACUAUGACCAUCCCAAGUACGCUUUCAACUACGGUGUGGCCGAUCACAGCACCGGUGACGUGAAGUCGCAACACGAAACUCGUGACGGAGACGUCGUCAAAGGCCAGUACUCUCUGGUCGAGCCGGACGGUUCCGUGCGCACCGUCGACUACACCGCCGAUCCGAUCAACGGAUUCAACGCGGUAGUGUCGAAGACGGCCCCGCUCGUCCACCACCACGCCCCCGUCGUCAAGCACGUCGUCCCGGCGGUGAAGGCCGUCCAUCAUGUGCAACCUGCCCCGGUCCUGCAGAAGGUCGUCUACGCUCACGAGCCCGUCGUACACGUUGCCAAGACUGGCCACUACACGGAGCAUGCCCCGGCCGUGCACUACGGUGACUACCACGACGGAUACUAUGGCCACUACGAUGACAGCCACUACUACUAA